AUGGACGACAAAUCGCAUCUUCCUUUGUUGAGGGCCGUCGUCUGCUGCACUUCAGUUCCGCCAGAGCAGAGAACACAUCUCGCAACAUGUGUGGAGCAAAUGGGUGCUAUUCACAAGUACGACUUGACUUCAGACGUGACGCACCUGGUGGUAGGAGACAUAGACACACCAAAAUACAAAUUUGUGGCAAAAGAGCGCCCAGAUGUCAAAUGUUUGUUGCCGAGCUGGAUAGAGGCUGUGCGGGAAUCAUGGAUUGCUGGUGGUGAGACAGAUGUCCAAACUUUGGAGGAACAGCACAAAUUGCCUACCUUCUACGGCUUGAAAAUAUGUGUCACUGGCUUUGCAGAUCCGGACGAGCGCAAGGACCUCGAAGAUCGAGUCACCGCCCAUGGUGGCGAAUAUAUGCCUAACCUGACUAAAGAGGAGACCCAUUUAGUAGCGAAGGAGCCAUCCGGUGCCAAGUAUGAAUUUGCAGAGAGAUAUGGCAUAAAGAUCAUUGCAACUCAAUGGUUGGAUGAAAGCAUAGAAAGGGGUAUGGUCUUGGAUCCUAGCCUAUAUCACCCACUUAUACCGCCUGAGAAGCGUGGCCUCGGUGCUUGGAUUCGCAAAUCGACUUCCACUACAGUGCUGGGAAAGCACACAAGAGAAGAGACACAACCAGAGCGAUCGAGGAAGCUGAGUAGGACCGCGAGUGCUAGGCUGGAAAAUGCAAAUAGUGGGCUCUGGGGAGAUAUCGUCAUCCAAGAAGUGAAGAUCGAGCCUACCGAAACCAGCGCUUGGGAUGAGGACGCGCCACUUGUCGAUCAAGAUCAGGAAAAGAAACCUUUAAUCCCAUAUUACGAUCAAAAGCCAGGGGGCCCAUCGCAAAUUUCUGCUUACACAGAAUGUACGACCAGAUCUGUACGAAGAAGUGAUAUCUUCAACAGCAAAAUAUUCAUUUUGUACGGCUUUGAUGAAAAAAAGACCUCUGUUCUGGAAACACACUUGAUAUCUCGUGGAGCAAAAAUUGGAGACAUCAAGACUCUUGCUUGGGAUUUGAGAGAGUAUGAGCUCUCUGAUUCAUUUGUAAUUGUGCCACACACGAUGCCAACUCCUGAGAUACCAAACAUCAGCAAGGGCUCGUCACCUCUGCCGGUUGUAACGGAGCUGUGGGUUGAGCGGUGCUUACAUAUGAAGCAAUAUCAGCACCCUUCCAUGCAGAUUAUGAGUCGGCCACUUGCAAACUUUCACAUAGCUGGAGCCGAACGUCUCAGGAUCUGUUCUACAGGUUUCCAAGGCGUCGAUCUGUUGCACAUGUCCAAGGCAGUAAAGCUUAUGGGUGCCAAUUAUGAAGAAUUUUUCGAUCCCAAAGCGUCAGCCUUGCUUUGUGGUGCUCUGCAUGCUGGCGCGGACAAGCUACGCCAUGCACGUCUGUGGAGCAAGCCAGCUGUAAAGGUAGAAUGGCUCUGGGAUUGCCUUUCCAGCAGCACAAUCAUGCCAUUUGAGUCCUAUCUAAUACAACCUAUCCUGCUACCUGCAGAGAUUGAGGUGGAAAGCCAGCCGGUGCAGGUCUCUGAGCAGCCGAACAAGAAUAAAGUUGCCCCAAGCCAUUCAAACCUUCGAAGCUCUUCUAUUGCUCCGUCAAGCAAGCUUCUCUCAACGGACGAAGACCAACGGAAUCGUCGGAAAGGUGCUUCAUCCUUCAAGAAACAGCAUGCUACCGCUGUUGAUCCAUUUCCAGAUGAUGGGGGACCGCAAGUCCUCGAGGAUUCAGAGCAAAAGCCUUCAAAUGCCAUCGACGACCACUUUCCCAAUACUAAUUCAUCUUCCACCCACAUGAAGUCAUUAGACUCCCUUCCCCUACAAGAAAUCACCCCAAAUUCAUCGCCACCAAAGCCACCACCAGUACCACCAGAAGACGACAACCCGCCCAAAAUCUCGUCGCAGCGCGCAAUUCAACCAACAGCAUCCCCUUCACCCUCCAAGCCCCUCUCAUACCAUGAAGACUCCAAUCUGGGCCCAGCAAUCUCCUCUCUGCUAGCCCACCAACGCUCCCACUCCGCCGCACACAAAUCCGCCCCAAACAGCCCUCAUCCCCGCCGGCGACGCCAACUCCUCGGUCGCGCUCCCUCAAAUCUCUCGUCCGGCGGCACCAUCCCCAACGCCGUCAAACCCCUCGACUUUUCCCGGGCCAGCAGCGUCGACACCCUGAACACCGACGGACUCGGCACGCCCUUGAGUGCCAACGGUUCCUUCCCUCCUUCCCGGGCCGACAAAGCAGGAACGGGGGUGGGGGUGUCGGGCGUCAUUUACGACACUGAUCAUCACGAAGAAGAGGAACGGAAGAAGCAGGAGGAGCAGUUGCAGAUGACGCAGGUGGGGUAUCAGGACCCAGAUGCCUUGGUGUGGAGGGACAGGGUUACGAGGAAGAUGAGGGGUGAGAAGGUGGUGUAUGGGAAGACGCCGAGGAAGGGGAGUGUGUUGAGGAAUGUGGAUGGGGAAGGUGCUUGGGGUGGAGGCGGUAUGAUGGGAGCGAGGGGAAAGGGGAGGGCAAUGGAGAAGGAUGAAAGUGGAGGGUUGGGAAUUGCGAAGAGGACGAGGGGAGCAGUUGGUGCGAUGUACGUAGGCUGA